CUUGGUGUAGCGGAAGAGUGCAUCUUCAUUUCUUCACUUCUCCUCUCCUUUUGCUUCGAUUAUUGAAACUCUUUAAGAGACAACAAACUGGCUCAAAUGCUUGACCUCCCUAUUGGUUCGCCGGGCUCCCUUCUCCAAGCUGCCAAUUCUCCAACACACAGAACCAACCUACCCCAGCGCUGGAGAGGCAAGAAGACAGGCGCCAGGGAGAGCCCAGGUCGGUAGAGCUGCGGGGAUCUGAGCCUGGGCGAUCAGGAGCAGGUGCAGGCUCUUGAGUAGGCCUGCCGGGAAGCUGCUUCCUGCACUUUGUCCAGGUCCUCGCCCUGUGACAGGUGCUCUGCAAGAUGAAUCUCAACUUCACUUCCCCUCUUCAUCCAGCAUCUUCUCAGAGGCCCACGUCGUUUUUCAUCGAGGACAUUCUGCUGCACAAGCCCAAGCCGCUGAGGGAAGUGGCCCCUGACCACUUUACCAGCUCUCUGGCCUCUAGGGUGCCUUUGCUAGACUAUGGCUACCCCCUUAUGCCCACACCCACCCUCCUCACUCCUCAUGCUCAUCAUCCUCUGCAUAAGGGGGAUCACCAUCACCCUUAUUUCCUGACCACCUCAGGGAUGCCGGUCCCGGCGCUGUUCCCGCACCCGCAGCACGCGGAGCUGCCCGGGAAGCACUGCCGCCGUCGCAAAGCUCGCACGGUGUUUUCUGACUCGCAGCUCUCCGGCCUGGAGAAAAGGUUCGAAAUCCAGCGCUACCUGUCGACACCAGAGCGUGUGGAGCUGGCCACUGCUCUCAGCCUCUCUGAGACUCAGGUGAAAACGUGGUUCCAGAACCGGCGGAUGAAGCAUAAAAAGCAGUUGAGGAAAAGCCAAGACGAACCCAAAGCCGCAGACGGGCCUGAGAGCCCCGAGGGCAGCCCCCGUGCUCCCGAGAGCGCGCCCGCCGACACUCGGCUGAGCCUGCCCGCCGGUGCCUUCGUGCUUACCGAACCCGAGGAUGAAGUGGACAUUGGGGACGAAGGCGAGCUCAGCUCAGGGCCGCACAUGCUCUGAGUGACCAGGCUAGGGAGGGAGACCGGGGCCAGGAGGCCGCGGGGCCAGACCCGGUUCUUCCCAGGCGGGAAGACUCGCGGAGACUCUAUAGACUGUUCCUGCGGCCUGGGCUGGAAGAGAGAAAGGCAAGCGCAGUCCACUUACCAAUUUGCAGCCGCCAGCGACUCGUUCCCAUGCCUCCUUCCUGUCCAACGCAUCCCCUUCGGGGAGUACUAAUGUGCUCGCUGGUUCCCGCGCCCCGCGUCUUCAGCGCCCGGGACCUGCCGAGUGUCGCUGCCCAAACUAGCAGCUGGGCUCGCGGCCGUACAAUUCGACGGAGCGCCUCUGGCCCCGCGCGCUGCCAAUGCAGAAUCCCUCCAUCCUCAUCUCUUAGCAGGCACUUGUCACCUAGCUCUGUCCCCGCGGCCUCUGCACCCAGGCGGUCGCUCUCCCUAAAGCAGUUCAGUUGACCACAGAUAAAGGGACCGGGUAUCUGGGGCUAUGCCGGGAUUCAGACAGCGCCACAUCGAAUUCUUUAAACCUUCAGAGCUCUAACUGUGUUGUUGGCGGUUGUUGACACCCCUCACACUCUUACCGGGACCCCACAUCUCUAAUUCAAAUCCUUAGACGAACCCCUUUUUCUGACUGCGCUUCCAUCCUCUGGUGUCCCGAAAGUCAUCGGUGCGCUCGGAGUCCCUGGAGCGCUUGUAGCGCUGCUGACCCGGAGGGCGCCCACAACCCCGCUCCUCUCAGAACCGUGGACAGAGAACAUCUACUGCGCAAUUUCUGCUUCCUGAACUUGUUGCACUCUCGUCCCGCAACCCUUCCAUGUCCCAAAGACUACAGAGAUUUUAAGUGAUUGUCCUCGGGUUGCUUGUGGGCGCGCUCACUUCCGUGCAGUGUUUUAGCAAAGUUUAGGCUCGCGACGAACGCACUCUAUCCGCCUUCCGAGUUAAGGCAAAAGGGAUGUGGGAGCGCACCUGUUGGGGGGCCAUUAAAGCUGUCACUCGUCGCGUCCCCCCGCCCCUUUGCCCCUGGAAGGUCUUCUAUUCUCUUGCUAGGUCUGCAGUCUAUUUAGAUAAUAAAGGACUUGUGGGGCAAAAAUGGGAAGGAGCCCAGGUUUCCGGGAAUUGUUGUCGCGUCCUGCUGCUAGCACGUCACCCCCCUCUCUCAGACAGUUUGUUAUUCCCAGUAGAAAUGAAUUUGACUAAUGACCUUUACUUAACAGAUUGCACCUCUCUGACCCCGACUUUCCUGUUUUCAAUCAUGUGAUUAAAGGAGAUUAAUGAAUCUCAUCCACGUGAAA